AUGGACUUCAUCAAGAACCAUGAGCAUCAGCAUGAGCAAUCGACCAACGACCCAAGGGAAGUUAAAGAGAAGCUAUGCCAGCUUAUGAAAGACAGUCUGCAUACUACAGCAAACGAUCCCGCUGAAGCUGAGAAGCAGGCACAUCAGUUAGGUUCCUCUCCUCCUCUUGACGUUUCUUCCACCAACUCGUCUCCAAGCUCCAACAACGACAACAAAACGGACAAAGAAGGAGACGAGCCGAGGCCCGAAGCAAAGGAAGCAACUGGGUCCAACAACGACCCGUCUCCAGGCCCCAACGAUGACAACAAGACGGACAAAGAAGCGGACGAAGACGCAGACGAAACGACAACGCCAGCAAAGGAAGCAACCAAGCCCGACGACCAGCUGCCCCAGCCAUCGGAAGACGAGUCGAAUACCCCUGAACCAGAUACAAGCGAAGCCGAAGGGCUGCGGCUCCAGAAACGAGAGCCCAAUAGGGUGUAUGAGGAAAACAUGCAUGCUGAAAGUUGUUGCGUGAUACCGGACGAGGAUUGCUUUGACCAUCUGAAUUCCGAAGAGACAGGUGAAGAUGGAGAUGAAGAGCUGCGGCGCCAGAAGCGAGAGUUCCAUGAGGAGAUAUAUACGUUGAUAGAACGAGGAUGUGGAAUAACACUGACGCCCUCGGGUCGCGAACUUAUGGCUAAACUUUCAUCAGAGGAGGAGCUGAAUGCCAGUGCAGACAUUGGAAUUAAUCCUAUCGUGUUUUCCAUACUUUGA